CCGACCAAAACAGUGCGCGGCAGCCCUUUAUUUUGGGCAGGGUAGCUAGUGAACACAAUCACAGCAACCUGUAGUGUAAGCUGAUUAACGGCAGCCUGAAAGAUGGCCGGGGAGACGGAGGACGAAAUACCUGAAUCAGGUGCUGUGUUCACCUUCGGAAAAAGUAAAUUCGCCGACAACGUUCCUAGUAGAUUUUGGCUGAAGAAUGACACACCCUCCCGAAUAUGUUGUGGAGAUGAGCACACAGCACUCAUCACAGAAAAAGGAAAGCUCUUUAUGUUCGGCAGUAAUAACUGGGGACAGCUUGGUUUUGGAACUAAGACCUCUGUGACUAAGCCUACUUGUGUGAAAGCUUUGAAGACAGAAAAAGUGAAGCUGGCUGCUUGUGGAAGGAAUCACACACUUGUUUACACAACCCAGGGGAAUGUCUAUGCAACUGGUGGCAACAACGAGGGCCAGCUUGGCCUUGGGGACUAUGAAGAAAGAAGUACCUUCCAAUUGGUGGACUUCUCUAACAAGCAAGGGCCAGUCAAAAUGCUUGCAGCAGGUUCCAACACUUCAGCGGCUCUCACACAGGAUGGGACGCUAUACGUGUGGGGUGACAACACUGAGGGCCAGAUUGGUUUGGGAAAAGAGAGCAGCUCUGUGAGACCGCAGGAGUUGUCUGUUGGACGGCCUGUUGCCUGGGUGGCCUGUGGAUACUACCACUCUGCCUUAGUUACCGUUGAUGGGCAGCUUUACACGUUUGGGGAGAGGGACAGUGGGAAGCUGGGUCUGCCCACCAACAAGCUGGCCAAUCACAGGGUCCCCCAGCUGGUGGAGGGCAUCACGGACAGAGUGGUCCAGGUGGCGUGUGGCGGAGGACACACAGUGGCUCUCACAGAGGAUUGCCUGUACACAUUCGGCUUGGGCCAGUUUGGGCAGCUUGGCCACGGAACCUUCGUCUUUGAGUCUCGGUUACCCCGUGCUGUGGAUCAUUUCCGCAAGGGUCGAGUCCGACAUGUUUCAUGUGGGGAGAACCACACAGCAGUGAUCACAGAGUGUGGCCUUCUGUACACGUUUGGAGAUGGCCGACAUGGGAAGCUGGGGCUUGGAGAGGAGAACUUCACCAACCAGUUCAAGCCGACCCUGUGCCCCCGAUUCCUGAAGUACUACAUAGAAGCUGUUACAUGUGGAGGCUGUCAUAUGCUUGUGUUUGCCAAAUCCCGAGUGAAAGAGGAAGUGACCUUGGAGGAAGAUGAUGUGACUGAGGACUUCUGGGAGAAACCCUACACGGAGUUGCUGGGCGACACCAUGGGGUCAGCCACCCUCCAAAGGAGCAUCUCUGCUCGGGUCCGGCGCAGAGAAAGGGAGAGAUCCCCUGAGCAGUUUGGGCUGAUGUUCCGCACCCUUCCCCCGCUCUCGUCGGGCUUCCUCAACACUACCUCUCUACCUGUGCCCAGUCAGACCCUGCCACCCAGGCUGCAGCCCGUUGACCUGCAGGAUCGAAACGACCUGAACCGUGGUCGUGCCAAAAAGAAUGGCCUAUCAACCAGAAUAGGAAAGGUAAAAAAGUCCCAAGAGAAGAAAAGUUCUUCAGUCGAAGCUGGAGAUGACGGUGAAAGUGUUAAAGAUUUGGGUGAAACCACUGACAUACUAAAUGUUACUCAUAUGAUGAAGAUGGAUCCCAGUGAUCAGUCGCUGACCUUGUCUCCUGUGCAUAAGAAGAAAGUUAAGCUUGUGAAAAAGCAUGGUAAGGCUCCAUCUGAGAGAAGCGAUGAGGUCACCCCCAAACGGGCUCUGCCCACAGAGUUACUUAAGUCCUCCAGUUCUAGGUCCCUGUUGUCUGACAGCUCAGUAGGCAGUAGGAGCUCACCGCACAGGGCCCCUCAGACACGUGGCAGUGGAAAAGAGAAUGUUCUCGUACCCAUGGCAGAGCCUAGGUCUAGGGCAGAAAUUGGCAAGAGCAAAAAGCCAGUGGAGGACAUUAACAGGGUGGGUGUUCAGACAAAGUCCUCAAAGGUGAAAGGUCAACCUAUUGAGAUGACCAAACCUGUGAAAUCUGCAACAGCUAAAUCUGUGGUCGCUGAAACCAAAGGUGAAGAACUUAGCCAGGAAGAUGAGAGUGAGGCAGGAAUCAAACCUUCCACCAAAGAUCUGACAAAGCUUUACAAAGACAAAAGUCAGUCACUGAAAAAGAGGAGUGCGGCAGGGGAAGCUGCUGGAAAGAUGGUAGGUGGCAAGGGUCUGUUGACACCAGAGCCAGUUCAAGUAAAAAACAAAUCCUCUGGAGUCAAAGAAGCUCCCAAAGCAAAGGGCCCUCCCAAAGUUACAGUAGUGAAGUCUAAACCAAGUGACGUGGAAACCAAGGCCCCAAAAGUGAACAGUAAACCAGUAAGGGUUCAGAGUAAGCCUCCAGAAGGUAAGGCCAAGUCGGCUAAAAGGACAUCUGAAAGAGACUCUGAAAGUCCCAGGAAGGAGGAUCUUAAAGGCAGUGAAAAACCUGGAUUGGUCAAGAAGCUUGACCAAUCAGACCAGCGACAGAUUCCUGCAUUGCUCCCUGAAGGAGGUAAACGGACCACUAAGGCCAAGCCUGAGGGCAAGGGUCCAAUCGUAGUAGCUGAAGCUGGUCGCGCAACUGGUGGGGAGAAAUCGAAGCUUGCCGCUAGUUGGGACAAGCCAUUCGAGCUGGAACCUGAGCCCAAGACGUCCCCAAGUGGGACACUAUCCGCUGUGUCCUCCUUUAUCCAGGACAUGGAACUGGAGAGUGCAGCCAACCUGGUGAAGACUGUGGCAAGCAUCCAGCUCUUCUCCAGGCUUGAGGACAGUGGCUCAUCCCUGUCCAGCCCUCAGAGGAGACCCACGAUGGAGAGGUUCACCAAGCAGAGGCCGGUCUCCUCAGCGUCCUCCAAGAGCCAGGAGGAGUCCAGCACUGCCCAGCCCGGCAGGAGGACAGCUGUUACCAUCAGUGUCAGACCUGAGCCAGGGAGCUCAGAUGAAGAGGAGCCCGACUCGGAGCAGAGAGAGAGGGGGAGCAGCGGGCAGAAGGAAGGGGAGGAAUCCAGAGAUGAAACAGAAGAGGAGGGAGAGACUACAGAGGGGGAGGAAGAUGAAAGCCAGGAAGGGACUGACAGCAGGGGAAGAGCGCAGGGCUCCGUGAGAAGUGGGGCACAGACCAGAAGUGAUACGGGAGAGAGCGGGACUCGCGUUGAUGUUACUGACGAUGAUGAUGAUGAUGAUGAUGAUAAGGAGGAACCAUCCGACACCACCCUCGGAGGGUUAACAGACGCAGAGGAGAGUGAGAUGAGGGGGGAGAGUAAGACUGCAACAAGCCAGGAAGAGGAAGAUGACACAGUCAGUGCAGGAAAGAGUGAGAGUGCAUUAGCAGAGGAAGACGAAGAGGAGGGAGAGGAGGAAGAAGAGGAUGAGAAAUCAGAGAGUGGGGUAAUGGAGGGAGGAAGUGAAGAUGUUGAUCAGGUAGAAGGAGAGGAAGAUGAGGAGGAGGAUGAGGAUGAAGAAGAAGAGGGACAGGAGAGUGAAAGUAAGUUAGUUGAGGAGGACGAGGAGAGCAAAAGUGAAUCAAGCAACCAAAGGGACGAAUCAGAGUCAGAGGAGUCAGAAGAAGUGGAUGAAGAUGAAGAGGAGGAGGAUGGGGAGGAUGAAGAGGAAGAGGUGACCACAGAAGCAGAAAGUGAAGGGCACGAGGAAGAGGAAUCUGCAGAGGAAGACAGUAAGAGCGAAGCUGGGGAUAGUGAAGUUGAGGGGGAAAGCGGAGAAGAGGAGGGCAGCGCAGAGGAUGAGGAGGAGAGUGAGGAAGAGGAUGAGGCCGAGAGCGAAGAGAACGAAAGCGAGGUGGAACAAGAGGAGAGUGAAGAUGAACAGGAAGAGAGUGGAGGGGAUGAGGAGAGUGAAGCAGAUGAGGAAGAGGAGGAGGAGGAGGAGGAUAAAAGUGAAGAAGAGGAGGAGGAGGGGGAAAGUGAAGAAGAAGAGGAGGAGGCAGAGGACAAAGAGGAGGGUGGGGAGGAGGAAGAAGAAGAAAGUGGGGGUGAAGAGGGGGAAGAAGGGGAGGAGGAAGAAGAGGAGGAGGCAGGGGAGGAAGAAGAGGAAGGAGAGGAGGAAGAUGAUAAAGAAGGUAGCUUAGAAGCUGAGAAUGAGGAGGAAGAAGAGGAGGAAGAAGAAAAAGAAAUAAAACCAAAGGGGACAAUCCAAAAACAGCGAAAGGCUACCAAACCAGAUGCCAAACAGACUAGGUUGACGGCGUCGGCCAAGGGCAGGCCACGCUCAAGGAGAAAGCAGUCAGAUGUUGGGUCACAAGAGUCCCAGCAAUCCCAGUUCUGGGAGGACGUCCUUCCUCAGUACCUUAAUCUGAAAUAACCUUCCUUCUAUACCAGUGGCCUGUUUUGAUUUACUCUUUUUCACCAGAUCUCUUACAUGCUCACCCACAUGCUACAUGCCUGUCUUCUCUGUUACUCACGCUAUAUGCCUUUGUUGCCUCUGUUUUCUGUUUCUCUGCUUUGCCAUGAUUAUUUUUCCUCUUAUUUAUAUUUUCCUACAGCAAGGCUUUAAAAAAGGGUUUGUGUCAGUAAUGAAUUGAAGUAGACGUAUGCAAUACAUGAUCAUAUUACAUUGGCAAAGGUAAUUGAAUGGAAUCACCGGUCCUGGUUGUAUGGUUGUAUGGUUGUUGUAUAACCAUCCCAUUAAACACUAUUCAGUUAAGUUAAAUAGUUGAGGGUAAAGAUGCGCACAGCUGUCUAGGGUAAAAUAUCUAUUCAUACGUAGUAUACAAAAACCACUUCCACAUACACAUACAAAAUACACACAAUAAUCUUGUAAAUACUGAGGAACUCGCAAUUUGUUUCUUUUCUUUUUGGAUAUUGAAUCAAAUAAGCAUACCUUCUAUGAAGGCAAACCAUCUCAGAUCUCAUAUAUCCCGUGCCUAUUGACUUUUGUUUGGUUUUGAAUGUCUGUCUUAAAUAAAUUCUAUUUGAUUUUUA